ACUUGUUUCCAAGUUCCAGAUCGCCAGCAUGUCGGAGACCGUUCCUGCCGCCCCCGCUGUCGCGCCCCCUGCGGAGAAGGCCCCGGUGAAGAAGAAGGCGGCCAAGAAGUCUGCAGGGGUGCGCCGCAAGGCGUCCGGGCCACCGGUGUCCGAACUCAUCACCAAGGCUGUGGCUGCUUCUAAGGAGCGCAGCGGCGUGUCGCUGGCCGCGCUCAAGAAGGCGCUGGCGGCCGCGGGCUACGACGUGGAGAAGAACAACAGCCGCAUCAAGCUGGGCCUCAAGAGCCUGGUAAGCAAGGGUACCUUGGUGCAGACCAAGGGCACCGGCGCUUCGGGCUCCUUCAAGCUCAACAAGAAGGCGGCCUCCGGCGAGGUCAAGCCCAAGGCCAAGAAGGCGGGCGCGGCCAAGCCCAAGAAGGCUGCUGGGGCGGCCAAGAAACCCAAAAAGGCCGCGGGGUCCGCCACCCCCAAGAAGAGCGCCAAGAAGACCCCGAAGAAGGCGAAGAAGCCGGCGGCGGCUACUGUGGCCAAAAAAGUAGCCAAGAGUCCAAAGAAAGCGAAGGCUGCCAAGCCCAAGAAGGUCGCCAAGAGUGCAGCCAAGGCUGUGAAGCCCAAGGCCGCCAAGCCCAAGGUUGCGAAGCCUAAGAAGGCUGCACCCAAGAAGAAGUAGGUCGCUCUGCUUCUAAAACCCAAAAAGGCUCUUUUCAGAGCCACCACUGAUCUCACCAAGAGAGCUGCGCACUCUUGCCCUACGGGCCCCGCCCCCCUUUUUUUCUUGCCUUUCUUACUUCUCUAGUGUCGCUGAGAUGGCUGCAGAAGCCUCCCGGAAGAGGGUAUUGGGCGUUGGAGAGGGCACCGCUGUGAAGUGACUUCUGGGACCCUCCUGACAGUUGGUCCCGUGCUGGCUCCGCUUGGUGUCAGCUGUGCGGAAACGUUCCCGGCGGCCCCACCCCACGCCUGGGGACAGGACAACUGCUCGGUAUUACCAGCCAGUGUCUUGGCCCAGAAAGUCAAAAGUCCCGCCUGCUCCCGGGUUGGUUAAUUACUCUAAGCUUUAUUUCCAUCCUAGAUUUAAUUGGGCAGCGGCCGGUCCUGUCUCAGGUUUUCUUUUCUAUUAGGCUGAGUUUGCUCGUUCUGCCAGAAGUAGAAAUGAAUGUCUCAUGGGGACACGGAACAAGUUUUCCAAAGUCAGGUUGGUGUGUCCCGGCGCGCUGGUGGCGUUCAGCCCUUGAAAAGGAGACGCGGGCGCCUUUUCGUGUGUUCUAAUUACUGUUUGCAUUUGGCGACAAAAAAGCGCACUUGAGGAAAGGCUGCCACCCAGGGCUCGGUUGCACCGCGGUGUUUCUGUCCCUCGCACCCUGCAAUUUUGGACAUUGGUGUGACUGAUCUGAGCGCAUCAAAAACAACUUUUCGUCGCCAUCUUGGCCAGACUGGCGGUUCCCCGUUUAUUUCUUUAAAUCCACCCAAGGAUACGUUAAUUUUACAGAGGGAUGCAGAGACAGAGGAGGAACGUCGAUCACCCCCAUAUUGGGGACCGAACUUGCAACCUUUUUGGUGCACCGGACAGCGCUCCAAUAGAGCCACUCGGCCGUGGCCCCUCCUGAUAGACAGACAUCUAAAAACUGGUGCUUUUAGAAGCCUUUCUUUUAUGUGUGUGCAAUCCAAAUGUUUUUACGGGGAUGAGGAAAACUAUUGGCAAUCUAUCGGAUCUGUGUCCAGGAGUGGGGGUGAUAGCAGUAACAGCUUUAUCGUCACUGACAUUGUCAUCUGUGGAUUUUUUUGUAUUUACGGCGUUUCUUCCUGAGGAAGUCUAGAGGCCUCUUCUUACUACACUGAGUGCAGAUUUUCUCGAGACACGUUCCAGAAACGGGUUUGGGGGGCCUGCAGCUCAGCUGUUCACCUAUGGCCCCCGAUACAGCGUUGAUGAGUUAAUUCCGUAUUAGUGCUGGUGACCUCUGAGUUCAGCCGCCCUGCCCCGCCCUGUCCUGCCCCGCCCAGCUGUACUGACAUCAUAAUCUAGGUUGUUUUUGUAAGAAUAAGCCUUUCCCUUGAGCUCUCCGUAUUUUAGUAUAUGUGAAUAAUGCUUGUUUUAUGAAUAUAUGCAUGUUACAUGUUAAAUUUUACAUAUAUAUGUAGAUAAUUUCCCCCCAAGGCCAUUUCCUUCCUCUUCCAGUUCUACCUUCCCUCCCUCCACCCGCACUGGAGAUGACACCUUUAUUGCCUUUAUCACAGACUAAAUUGUACGGAUAAAUGGACCAAUUCUUGGUUUUCUAUUUUGUUCCUCUGAUCUUUUUGGCCAUUCCUAAGGUUCGAGAUCACACUUUUUAAAAAACUUUUAAAAAAUUAUAUACAUAAAUCACUGUUUGAAGUACUGCUUAAAUAUAUAUGUAGUCUAUACAUACAUAAAGUACUGUUUUUACAUAUA